ACAGCUGAUCCAAGAACACGUGUAGGAUGACGACUGACAUGUCACUCUCUUGGGAUUAUUAGGGUUUUAAUUACCAUUUUCCUGGAUGCUUUUGGCUGUAAAGAAUGACUGAUGAGACCCUUGAGGCGAAUGUGUUUUAUAAACACAUCAAGGAACACCAUGGGGAAGAACUGGCCACCUGGUGCGAACCAAGCUGGGUAGUGUGCAUACCACAGCAAAGUGCUCUAGAUGAUAUGACUCUUACUCUGCCUCUUAUAGAGGCACAUGCUUUGAAGCAACAUGGGACAUCAGGGAGUCAGUAUGUAAGUGCUCUGUAUGGAGACAGCCUCAUCUAUGAAAUCACAGGGGAAGAGCCAAGGGUCAUCAUCUCCAAUGAAGAAGAAGGGCCAGAUGUUGUUGUCUCCAAGGCAACAUUUUCUCACUGA